GAUUCAAAUAACUCGACAAAUGUUAGUAAAGUCCGCAAAAAUAUCCGCGAAUUCGAGCGCAGGUCCAGUAUUUGUGGCGACACUACUGUCCCACCAGUGGUACCGGCGCUCCAGCAUAAGAAGGACCCCACCGUCACGUCAGCCAACAUUCACAGCAAUACUAAUGACAGUAAUAGUAAUUCUAUGCGAAUGAGUAAAUCGUGUUUCGAAGUCGAUUGCUGUGACAAUAGCUCAUCCGGUGUAUCGUCUGACGUGGACGGGGAGUACGGCACCCGAACUGAGACCACAAAAGCGCAACAAAUGUCUCAAAACUCGCAACAAAUAAAUCGUCGAAAUUCACAAAUAGGCGAAAAGAUUGCGGUCUUAAUGGCGGCCACAGCACAGACCAGUCAGGCGGCAGCCAUGGCCGCAGCCGCUGCCGCCGCCCCACCACCCGGUGCCCCACCGAUGAUGACCACCACUGCCGGCGCGCAUACGACGAGACGCACAGCCAGUUAUAGCGACGACAGCCAUAAGACACGGCCGAAGGGGGUGCCCAACACCAGCACCAGUCAGUCAAUGAUGGCC